CUCCAGGGCAGACAGACUCUCUUCGCCGCCUCACCCUUCCUCAAUCUCCUCCCCCCAACCUCCCCUCACACUCGAUCACAAUGGCUUCCCGGCGCCUAGCUUUCUCUCUGAACCAGGCUCUCCGGAGUCGCGCUGCUAUCAAUGCCGUGAAGCCCGUCAGACGCGGUUUCGCCUCCCCGGUUACGCUCCCGAGCACCACCCAGUCGACGACCCUCACCAAUGGCCUCACGAUCGCUACUGAGUACUCGCCAUGGGCGCAGACCUCCACCGUCGGUGUGUGGAUCGAUGCCGGAAGCAGGGCUGAGACCGACAAGACCAACGGAACUGCGCACUUCCUCGAGCACCUUGCCUUCAAGGGCACGAACAAGCGCUCUCAGCACCAAUUGGAGCUGGAGAUCGAGAACAUGGGUGGCCACCUCAACGCCUACACCUCGCGCGAAAACACUGUCUACUACGCCAAGUCCUUCAACGCCGAUGUUCCAAAGGCCGUCGACAUCCUUGCCGAUAUCCUCCAGAACUCUAAGCUCGAGCCUGCCGCUAUCGAGAGGGAGAGAGAUGUGAUUCUGCGUGAGCAGGAGGAGGUUGACAAGCAGCUCGAGGAGGUUGUUUUCGACCACCUGCAUGCUACUGCUUUCCAGAACCAGCCUCUCGGCCGCACCAUCCUCGGACCCAAGGAGAACAUCCAGAGCAUCCAGCGUGAUGACCUGGUCAACUAUAUCAAGACCAACUACACCGCUGACCGCAUGGUUCUCGUUGGUGCCGGCGGUAUCCCCCACGACCAGCUCGUCCGUCUUGCUGAGGAGCACUUCGGCAACCUUCCCAGCCAGCCUCACUCCUCCGCUGCCUCUGCCAUCGCUGCUGAGCAGAAGCGCACUCCCGACUUCGUUGGCUCUGAAGUGAGAAUCCGUGAUGACACCAUUCCCACUGCUAACAUUGCCCUUGCCGUCGAGGGUGUUAGCUGGAAGGACGAUGACUACUUCACUGCUCUCGUCACUCAGGCCAUUGUCGGUAACUGGGACCGUGCCAUGGGCAACUCCCCUUACCUCGGCAGCAAGCUCAGCACCUUCGUCAACCACCACAACCUGGCCAACAGCUUCAUGAGCUUCUCCACCAGCUACAGCGACACUGGUCUCUGGGGUAUCUACCUUGUCACCGAGAACCUUACCAACAUCGAUGACCUCGUCCACUUCACUCUUCGUGAGUGGUCUCGUCUGUCUUUCAACGUCAGCGCCGCCGAGGUCGAGCGUGCCAAGGCUCAGCUGAAGGCUUCUAUCCUUCUGUCCCUCGACGGAACCACCGCCGUUGCUGAGGACAUUGGUCGCCAGAUCAUCACCACCGGUCGCCGACUGAGCCCCGAGGAUGUUGAGCGUGCCGUUGGACAGAUUACCGAGAAGGAUGUCAUGGACUUUGCUACGCGAAAGCUGUGGGAUCAGGAUGUCGCUGUCAGCGCUGUCGGAAGCAUCGAGGGUCUGCUCGACUACCAGAGAAUCCGCAACGACAUGAGCCGCAACCUUGCGUAAAGGAAUUGAGACCUUGGGUCUUUAUAUCGCCGUGUUUCCGUCCCAUCAUGCCAUCAUCUUUUCCUUUGUUUUUGCCAGGUGAUAGAUAGAUCAUGUGGUAGUAGCAGCGCGUCUUGUACAGUAUAC